AUGGGAGCAUUCGCAUCGAGGUUUUGGUUCAUGAUGUUCCGUGCAAAAGAGUACAAGAUUGUCGUCGUUGGUUUGGACAAUGACGGUAAAAAUACGACGACGCUUUAUAAGCUUCACUUGGGUGAAGUUGUCACUACUCAUCGUACAGUUGGAAGUAAUGUCGAAGAGCUCGUUUACAAGAACAUCCGCUUUGAGGUGUGGGAUCUUGGUGGGCAAGAUAGGCUGAGAACAUCAUGGGAAAUGUACUAUAGAGUGAUGCAAGGAACCAACGCUGUAAUCUUUGUUAUAGAUAGCACAGACAGAACCAGAAUCUCUCUCAUGAAAGAUGAGCUAUACAGAUUACCUGGGCAUGAGGAUCUUCAGAACUCAGUGAUACUCGUGUUUGCAAGCAAACAGGACCUGAAAGACGCUAUGAGCCCAGCUGAAAUCACUAAUGUGCUUAACCUUCACAUUAUCAAGAACCAUGAUUGGCAUAUUCAAGCAAGCUGUGCAGUUACUGGUGAGGGAUUGAUUGCAUGA